GGCACAAGGCAAUAGAUAACUCGCUCGAACUGUAGCGCCAAAAUCGUCUCCCGAGCAGAUUUAGGAAAAAGAUCGGCUCAAGCGAAACCAGCUGUGUCUACAAUGAAAACUAACAGACCCCUAAUUGCAGCUGAGCCAGCUAUGAAUUUGGGAGAUGUUUGUGACGAAAUUUGCAGUUUAAUCAGGGAAGGGCUUAGGGUAGUUGCUGCUAGACAGACUAAUGAAGAACAUAAUAGCAAGUUCAAUCAGUUUUUUGUCUGUCAACCUCCUUGGUUUGGAGAGGAUACCGACCCCUUAGUUGCUAAACGCUGGGUUUUGGGGUUAGAGAACAUCUUUGAUUGCAUAGGCUGUUCAGACGAGCAAAACGUUUCCUUUGCUUGUUUAAGACUGAAAGAUUCAGCACUUUCUUGGUGGAUAGUGUCAAAAAGAUACUUGAAUGCUGACGGGGCUGCAGUGACAUGGGAGAAGUUUAAGGACUUAUUCUAUAAGAGAUAUUUCCCUAGUUGGUUGAAGCAUGAGAAGCAUCGUGAACUCUGGAAGUUGGGACAAGGAAACAGAACCGUGAUUGAGUAUGAUGAAGAAUUCAUUACCUUGUCUUCUCUUGUUUCUGAACUAAAUCCAGACGAUUCUUUGGAAGCUAGGCUGUUCUAUGAAGGCUUAAGGCCAGAUAUUAGUCGACAACUUUGCUUCACGGAUAACGUGUCGUACUCCGAUCUUAGAAACUCGGCGUUACUGGUGGAACAGUGCCUUAACCGUAAAGAUGUUUGAAGUAGAAAGAAAAGGGUAGCAGCAAACCAGAUGGGAGGUUUCAUUUAUGGAUCAUCCUCACCUUUCAAUGCCUGCUUAUGAAUAGUUAUAGUUCUCUUAAAGUUUCAUAGUUUAGGAAGUUUAUAAUGGUAAUGCUUUGUUCUUCCUCCCAAAAACAGAAUUCCACUCUCCCUCUCUGGUUUAGGCUUUUGGCAAUGGUUGUCCUUAAACUUCUCUGUUGCUUUUGUUAGGUGGAGUUCAUUGGCUUAAUGUGUCUCUACAGCUACUUUAUGUUCUUUGUUCCAUUUCCUCACACUAAUGUGUCCAUUGGUAGUUUGUUC